AUGAAGACCAAAAGCUUCUUGAAAUCCUUCUCGCUAAUCCUCCUCGUGUGUGUCCUGCUAAAUCGUGUAAUCGUUCAGGUUAAUGCAAAUGAUAAUAAUAAAACAAAAGGAGGAAAGGUACCCCCUUCUGUGCCCUCAGGAAAUAACUCAGAUAUCAAUUCACCCAAAAAAGAUGGAGAAAACAACCCCCCCCUUGAUGAUGAAAGCACUUUACAUGAACUGAAAAAAUUUACACAAAACUUAGAAAAAAAAACCUCAACCAACAGAAAUAUAAUAAUCAGCACAGCUGUGAUUAACAUGGUUGUGUUGGCAUUAUUAUCUGGGCUAAUAGGAUACAACACAAAAAAGGGAUUUAAAAAAGGAGAAAAGGGAACCGCAAAGGAGGUACCUCCAGUAGUCCAAAACAUGGUAAAGUGUAACACUGCAAAGCGAUACUACCACAUUUGUAUGCACAAAGAGAAGAAGCAGCAUAGUGGCGAGGAUCAUGCUGCAAGAAAAUAA